AAACGCGUCUGCCGCGAAAUCAACUUCUUUGGCAUUUGUGUCCUACAAACCAACAGCACUCACCCCGAAAAUCAAUAGAGCGCAGCAAUUGCAACAGGAAUUUACAUCGUCCAUCGCCACACCGGCCGUGACCGCGACGCGUUAUUUGUGUCAGCGCUGUAGAUACAACAAUCAACCAAUCACUUGGUGGGUCUCCUGUCCGCGUCUCUCCAAUUUGGGCUCGACUCUGAGCCUGCAACCUAGCGCCACUGCCGCAACCGACCUACAACUACAACUGCAGCGACAGCAAGCAAAAACUCCAGCGCAGCCAACACAAGCAAUACCACAGGCGCGCGUCGCCGGCAGCAACUACGAUUAUCAACACCAUCAAGAGCGUCCCUUGCCCGCGCCACCAAUAAGCAACGCAACGCACGAAGACCCGCCCACGCCAAGUGACAGCAACAGCAGCAGCAACAUGGCCACCACAGCCACCGCAAAGAAGACCGUCACGCGCCAACAACUCUAUGGCUCCAAUCGUUGUCUGCGGCAGCAAUCAAGUGUCCAUUAUCCACUCGAUCAUGGCGGCAUGCAGCCGUCACAUGUUGGCGGUGCCAGCGGCGGCACGCUGAAACGUCAGCCAUGCGCGCUCUCGCAUUCGCGUUCCAUUACCGCGCUACAGAAUAUGGAUCUCUAUGGCAGCUAUGCAACAUUGCCAUCGUCAGCAGCCGCCGCACCGUUGGACACACCACAACGCGCGUACUGUGCGCGUCAUUUGCCGGCUGCUGCUGCCGGUGGUGGUGGUGGCGUUGGCGCGAGUGUGAGUGGCAGUCACACAUGGCACCCGAGUCAGUAUGCGGCCGCAACACCUUGCUGUCAUCUGUACAAUGCCAACCAGGCAGCUGCGGCGCCUACAUGCAUGUAUGCUGGCGGUGGGUUGGGCCAUGCAUGCCAGCAGCAAGCGCCGCCAACGCACCCACACCAGCAACAGCAACAACAGUAUCCACGCGCCGCGCUACUGCAUGACAGUCAUAAACCUUUGGUGCCCAACGGCUGUUAUUUCGGCUAUGAGCAUAACACGCAUUUGACCGAUGAGGAGGAUUCGGCAUUUCCGGGUUUCCACGACCGUGAAUUUCACAUGCUGCACCGAAAUAUACCGGCCUUGCGGCGUACUGGUGUUGACACGGCAGGAAUUAGACAGUAUUUCUAUCCGGAUGGCGGCUGGGGUUGGAUCAUAUGUGGCAUAGCCUUUCUGGUGCAUAUACUAACGACAGGUUUACAGCUGUCAAGCGGUCUAUUACUCUUUUAUGCCAUAGAACAUCUAAGAGACUCCAAUGGCAUUGAGUGGGUUGGUGCUUUAAACUGGUCAAUUUCUAUGUUACUAUCACCGUUUGUGAUCACAUUUUGUCGAAAGAAAUCGACGCGACUGAUGGCAGUGGUCGGUGGUCUAGUGCUGCCAUUAGGCAUACUAUUUACCUCCUUUGCAACGGAGUUGGGCCAAAUAUUUUUUAGUUAUGGUAUUGUUUUUGGUAUAGCUGUGGCCAUGGUUCGUGAAUCGUCCACAAUAAUGUUAGGUAAUUAUUUUAAGCGACGUAGGCAAUUUGUCGAAAUGGUCGCCAUGUCUGGCGAAGGCGUGGGCAUAUCGAUUUUCUCUGUGAUACUGCGAGAGGGUGUUGGCAAUGCUGGUUGGCGUGUUGGGCUCCAAAUUGUUGCUGGCCUCGUAGCGGUUAGUUUCUUUAUGGGUUUAUUAUAUAGACCUGCAUCACUAUAUCAUCCCCAACGGCGCGCCAUACAACAUUUGAAAAACCAGAGAAAAAAGAUGCAUGAGAACAAAUCCAGAGCUGUGGUCACAACAGAACAGAAAACAGUCCGUUAUUUAUUUAUCGACAUAUCACCCUUCAAAUCAACUAAUGUGAAAAUACUACUCGUAUCAGCUGCCGUGGCGGCGUUGGGCAUUUACACGCCCAUGAUCUCAAUGACCUUGACUGUUGCCAAGGAGGGCCCCGAUAUAGAAGACUUAGUACUGCUGCAGACUUUUUUAGGCGUCUCUACCACAAUCGGCGUAUUUAUAGCCGGUACAAUAUUGCGUAAGACUUUUAGAAUAGGUAGCUUUUUAAUAACCUCACAAAUUGUGUCUCAGGUAUUUAUUGCGUUGAUAGCGAUUUCGAUAUUGAGCCUGUCCUUCGUCGUAAGCUUUCGUUGGUUUUGUAUACUCGGCUGGAUGUACGGCAUUGGUUUCGGCGGAUUCCGUUAUGCCUUCAAAAUACUAACACUGGAUCGCGUAAAGGUGAAACAGUUCUCAAAGGCAUGGGGGCUCAUCAAAGGCGCUGAGUCCCUACCGGUGCUCAUUAGCAUACCGCUGACCAGUUUCCUGAAUGAUUACUCACUAAAUUAUGGACGCGCUGGUUAUUUUAUUUGCUCAGCAGCCGCCGCUAUAGGUGGUAUUAUAAUAUUCUUCAUGACUUACUCAACCGUGGAGCAAGAGCUCAGCAGUCAGGGCAACAAUAAGAAGCAUGGCAAUGGCGCUCUACCGACGCUACGUCCAUUUCCACAAUACUGCAAACUGCAUGGCUUUCAUGAGCCCGUGGUGGACUUUAAUGUUUACAAUGGCUGUGAUUAUCCCGCGCCCGAUUUACUGAUGAGUCGCAGUUGUGUAAGCCUGAAUCAAGUGGAUUUCGAGAAUCUCUGUCGCAAUAAUGCCUACUGUGAUCGCUGGCGUAUGCCGAGCGUGCACAAAUUGCAAAACUGUGCGGUACACGGUGCGGGUGCGGCACGAGGCCGUGGCCAUAUGGCGGACAUGAGUCGACCGCAUAGUCCACACUACGAUAUUGAGCAAGGUUAUGCGAGCAUGGGACGUAGUAUGGGCAAGCGACUGCAGAAGAGCUUGUCCUUCAUUCAAAAUCCAUAUUGCUGUAAUGGACAGUGGUAUUGCAAUUGCCAUGACAACUAUCAGUGGGCGCAGACGUCACCGAGAUCGCAUAUACAUCAACCGCUGCUAUGCACCUGCAAUCAGGGCUCCACGAACUAUUUGCAAAACUCGCGUAGUCGUAGCGUUCCUGAGGGUCUCUCCACCAUCGGCAAUCAGGUGUGCAGAUGCAAGACAACGGCAACCCCCGCAGCGACGACGACAUCGCGUCUCGGCUCUUCCACAGCCUUAUCACGUGAAGUUAUCUAUUUGCCGCGUCAUGAUCACGACUACGAUUUCACGUGUCGGCAUCAUCAAAGGGGUGUUGGCGCAGCAGCGGCCACAGCAACGGCAGCGGCAGUCGCCGCUAUACACGGGGCCGCAACAACACCGCGCUAUCGCCAUCGACGCACACAAUCGCUCUCCAAACCACUACAAUAUGUCGAACAGAUAACGACAUCGGUGUAGGCGAAUAAUUAAUAAAAAUUAGAUAGACGAAAGACAGUUGGUGCAAUAACUGUUACUAGGCAAAGGUUGAAGGCUGUGAAGAUGAUGCACGAGCGUUGAAAUUUUAAAUUAUUCAUUGAAUUUGUUUUAAGUGCUGAGCGUGGUGUUGGAAACCUAGUGAAAGUAACUGUUGGUAUUGACAAUUAUUCCCUUAGCUAGAAAAACUAGGUUCAAGCCACCGUUUUCUAAACCAGUGCUCCAAAGUCGGAGAAUUUCCUUGGAAGUCCCAUGCUUUAUUUGAAAAUAUAUGUAAACAUAUAAAUUUCGAGGCCGGAAAUGGAUUGAGAGAUCGUGGAUACAAAUAACCGAUCGGUAUAUUAAGGUCAUUUCCUUACCUAGAGGUUCUGUCGUAAUUGGUUCAUCAGAGCCUAAAAAGGAAAAUUAUAUCCAAAUAUUUCAUUUUUGAAAUGUGUGGAGAUUGGACAAACUUUUGAAGACUGCGGAGUCCAGACUUACAUAAAAUCUUUCACGUAAUAAAUAUGUGGACUUUUCUACUUCUAAAGCAACCCUGCAAAUAUUUUUACGCUCAACAGGGUAUACAAAGUUUACCACGAAGUUUGUAACCCCUAGAAAGAAACUUCGGAUAAUCUAUAAAAGAUGAUGAACGUGACAAGCUGAGUUGAUUUAGCAAUGUCCGUCUGUUGUUCGUCUCUAUAUAGACGAGAUAUCGAUCUGAAAAUUUAGGCCCGUCAUUUUCUCACCAAGCAGCUCCUCACUUGUUGGAACGGCCGAUAUUGGACCAGUAUAGCAUAUAGCUGCCAUACAAACUGAACGAUCGGA